CCCCCCAAACCUCCCCCCGCAGGAUUUGGGGGUUCCCCCCCCCCCCCGCACCCCCCCAACAUGGAGGAGGUGGAUAAAAUCCUGAUCCACUCCCUGCGGCAGGCGGGGACGCCGGUGCCCCCCGAGGUGCAGAGCGUGCGGGACCUCACCCCGGAGCUGGUGGUGGAGGCGGCUGUGCGGUGCCUGCGGGCCGUGCGCCCCGCUUUGGGGGCCCCCCUCAGCCCCCUCCUGCCCCCCGGCAUCUCCGCGCGCUUCCGGCUCGCUUCCGACCUGGCCGCCGCCUGCCAGGAGCUGGGAUUUGGGGGCGACGUGGGGUACCAGACCUUCCUCUACAGCUCCGAGCACGACACCCGCCGCCUCCUCCUCUUCCUCGUGGAGAAACUGCCGCGGGACGAGAGCGAGAGAGGGGCUGAGCCCCCCGGGAAAUCGGGGGCUCUGCUACGAGCCAUCGGCGCCCGCAUCCGGGAGCAGCUGGGGACCCCCUGGGUGCCCCCCACUUGCCGCACACCCCGGCUGCAGCGCCUGCAGGGCACGGGUCACCUUCACCCCUUCGCUACGUGCCCCCUGGUGCUGCCCCAAAGCGGGGGACCCCCAGAGCUGCAGGAGUAUUUUGGGGGGGCUGCCCCCCCCGUGCCGGCGCAGCCCCCCCUCCCCGCCAGGACCCCCCCGGCUUUGCUGGAGACCCACGCAGCCCAGCUCAGCGCCCGUCACGACUGGGAGGCCGAGUGGGGGGGUCCCGGCCUGGCUUCCCGCCUGCCCCCCCAGGAAUACGUGGGGCGGAAGCGGCUCCGGGCUCGGCUCCGGGCCCUGGAGCCCCUGCGCCAGGUCUGCCCCCCCCGACCGCAGGGACCCCCCCCAGGACCCCUGGACUCUGCUUGGCUCCAAGAGGCUUUUGGGGCUGGGGGGGUCGGGGGGGCCCUGCCCAAGGGGUCCCGCUUCACCCGCACCCAGCACCUGACCCAUGAGCAGGACCCCCAAAUCCUGCUGCAGCAGGUUCAGGCGGCUGCCGAGAGCCUGCACCCCUCAAAGAGCCCUGAGGAGGACGCGGGGGCGCGCCAGGCCAGCGAGGAGGCUGCCCUGGAGGAGACCCUGGCCCGGCUGGAGGCCGAACUCGAGGGCUGCCGCAGAGAGGUGCGGGACGCCCAGCUCAGCCUCAUCCAGGUGGAGGGGGAGGUGCGGCAGGGCCGCCUGGCGCUGGGGGGCCGGGAGGACGCCCUUCGGCUGAAGGCGCAGGCGGUCGAGUUGCUGCCCGACGCCCAGAACAACAUGGCCAAGCUCCAGCUGGUGGUGGAGGCCAGCAGCCGCCGCAUCGUCAGCCUGGCGGGGCAGUGGGAGCGGCACCGGGGACCCCUCCUCACCGAGUACCGGCACCUCCGGGCCCUGCGGGACUCCGCUCAGCUGGAGUCGUCGCGGCGCCUGUCGGAGAUCCGCAGCCUGCACGAGCGCAGCCGCGCCGCCGCCGCCGAGGCCCGGCGCAAGGAGGAGCUGUACAAACAACUGGCGGCGGAGCUGGAGGCGCUGCCCCGCGACGUCUCGCGCUCCGUUUACACCCAGCGCAUCCUCGAGAUCGUGGGCAACAUCCGCAAGCAGAAGGAGGAGAUCGGCAAGAUCCUGGUGGACACGCGGGUGCUGCAGAAGGAGAUCAACGCCCUCGUGGGGAAACUGGAGCGGACCUUCAGCGUCACCGAUGAGCUGCUCUUCAAGGACGCCAAGCGGGACGAAGUGGUGAGGAAAGCCUACAAGUACCUGGCGGCUCUGCAUGAGAACUGUGCCCAGCUGAUCCAGACCAUCGAGGACACGGGGACCAUCCAGCGGGAGAUCCGGGACCUGGAGGAGCAGAUCGAGGGGGAGAUGAGCGCGAAGCCCCCCGCCAGCCUCGACCGCAUCCUCAGCGACUGCCGGGCGCUGCGGGAGGAGAACGCGCUGCUGGCGGCACGCGCCCGGCACACCUGAGCCCCCCAAAAACGGGGGGGGUCCCCCAAAAAUCCUGAGGGGGGGGGAGGCUCUUCCACCCCCCAAAAAACGGGGUGCCUGACCCUCCCCCCUCCACAUAACCAUCCGCCCCCCCCCCAAAUACACUCGCGGUGGAGGGUGGUUCCAUUAUGGUGUCAAUAAACUCCCGGUGCAGCA